AUGGCCACUUCCGCCAACCUCGACCAGUUGGUCAAGGGAUCUACUCCCUCUUCUAAUCACACACACUCAGCUCCAGCUCCUUCGUCCUCAUCCUCUUCCGAACUAUCCGACUCGUCAUCCUUCGCUCCCCAAUCCUCACCCACCGCAUCGCCCGAUCUCACCUCAUCAUCGCCAUCCCCGGCAUCCCCGCCGGAUCCGCUGUCGACCCUGCCUUCCUCCCCUCCUCAGAUCUAUCUGAACCUUCUGAUUCUCGAAAGCUCCCUACGGGCUCAAUAUCUCGCAUUACGCGAACGUCGCCGGCAAAAUACUUUUUUCCUACUUUUGCUGGCUGCCUGGAUCACCUACUUUGCUUAUGCAUUGUUCCUCCGGCCACGAGAGGAUGGCCGCGGCGUGGGCGGAUCCGUAUACUGGGUGGUCGAGAUGGGUGAGAAGGUCGCUUUGCUAGGAGGAAUCGUUACAGCGCUACUGGUCUGGGGUACUGGUCAAUGGGAGCGUGGAAUUCGCUGGCCGCGGCGCUGGCUCGCCGUCGCCAACCGCGGCUUGCGUACGAUGAACACUAAGAUUGUGGUCAUUCGCGGGCCCUGGUGGCAGGAGCUACUAGGCUACCUGUCCUUCCUCUUCCCUUUUUCGACGCCGUUCUUCCCUUCGCCAACCGGAAAUUUCCGUUACGUUGACCGAAACCUAUCCGAGAAGCGCGGGGGUCGGCCGCACUACCCGCAGUAUUAUAGCAGCGUGGACGAUGAAUCGGGACUGGUGGAGGAGGACCUCAGCCCGGGAGGCGACUAUAUUCGGUUGCUCCUUUUGCCCAAGUCUUUUUCUCCGGAGUUCCGCGAGAACUGGGACGACUACCGUGCGGAAUUCUGGGAUAAAGAAAACGAACGACGUGCGCAGCUGCGGCAAAAGCUGCAGGAGCGGGAGCGCCAACAGGCACAGCAAAAUAAGGCUAGAUUCUGGUGGAUGAGCUUUGCAUGGAAGUCUUCAUCCCCUGCGUCGCCGUCGCAGCAGCGUCGACGGCCUGCAGCAACGGGAACGCCCCAGUAUCAUCGCCAUCAUCAUAGCUCGAGUUCUAACCUUAAAUCUCCCACGCGUCGCGGUACACGCUCGGAUUCCCAUUCGCGCACGCCUUCUCGCAGCACUACUCCCGUAGAUGCGGACGAGCGUCCUCCCUCGCGCUCGGGCACCACCGGCCGUCCGCGGCGAGGAAGUACAACCCCGUCCUCCACGCCGUCAGGCACAGAGCGGCGAAAGAGGAGCAAUUCCAAGACUAUUCCUCCUCAUGGACUGUCGCCUUUAACUCAGGCCCAAAUCAGGGAGGGAGUGCCUCCGGAGAUUCGAGAAGUGGGCAAUGCAGGAUGA